UAUGCAAAGAUAACCACUCUCAUAGAUUGACUAUAAUUAAGAUAAUAGAGGAGUAACACCUAAAAACACACAAUUCAAAACUACUACUCUAAAUAGUGAUUUUAAAAGCAAUCAAAAUUAUAAUGUUUAAUUCAAAGUUAAACCACAGAUCUAAGAAUAACACAAUUCAAUUAUCAUGAGUCCAGCACCUUUACGUAGGAAUACAAUUCAAUAAUUAAUAACUUCUCCAUUAUAAAAAAAUUACAGCUAGAAACACAUAGAAAUCCAUUCACCUGGAUAUAGAGGUAUUUCAUAAUAACCACAUACUAAUCAUUUAUUAACAGAAGUUCAAUUCAUUAAAGAUUAGAAUUAGAAAUUACAACAAUCAAUUUUCAAAUUAGAAUCAUAAAUUUAAAGAGGGAAUAGUACUUAAUUUAUUAGAGAAUUAGAAAACAAAAUUAUUAUGUUAUAAACUUUAAAUGAUAAAUUGAAUUAAGAUAAUAGUUCUUUAUUAAGAAUUACUGAUAUUCAAGGAUUACGUAAAGAAAAGGAGUAAUAGUAAACUGAAUUAUUGUAGAUGUAAGAAGAAUAUGAUAGAUUACUAUAAUAAUUGGAAUAAUUCAAUUGUGAUAAUCUAAAAGGUUUGGAUUCAUUAAAUGAAUAUAAUAAACUUAAAUCUUUAGUAUCAGAUCUUGAAUCCUAAAUAACAGGUUUAAUAAUUGAAAAUGAAUAGUUGAAUACAAUCUAUUCUGAAUUCUAAAAUUUAGAUUAAGAAGUAUAAUAAUUGCAAUUGGAACUUCAAUCUUAAUAAAUAUAAUACUAGAAAUCAAAACAUGAUGAAGUUUAAUAUAGAUACAAAUACGAUUCAGCUAUGCAUGAAGAUAAGAUGCAAAAAUAAAAGUUAAAUUCUCAAAGAAAUACUCAUUUAGAUAAAUUUAAUGAUAAAGUAUUUUAAUUGUUUUAAUUUUUAGAUUAAGUUAUUAGAAGAGGAAAAUAAGAAACUAAAGAAUUUGAUUACAGAUAUUGAUUAUGAUGAAGAAAUAAAAGAACUUGAAGAUAGAGUAUAUAUAUAAAUAAUUAUAUCUUUAGAUUUCAAUCAUAGGUUAAAAUAAUAGAAAAUUAGAACAUUAGUUAUUACAAUAAUGA